AUGGUGGAGCAGCGACUGCGCAGCGGCUUCAUUCGCUUUGACUACUCUGGCCACGGCGAGUCUUUUCCCGGGCCCGAGCAGUUUGGGGAGACGCACCCCGGGGUGUGGCUGGAAGACGCGCGUGCAGUGCUGGACAAGCUGACAGACAGGCCCCAGAUACUCGUAGGAUCGUCAUACGGCGCGCUGCUCGCGCUGCACCUCGCCGCGGAGCGCCCGGCCCAGGUGGCUGGGUUGGUGCUUGCCUCCCCCGCCCUGGAGCUCGACUCUCGCGCGUGGGCGCUGCUGACUGCGGCGCAGCAGCGCGCGCUGCUCGGCGGCUCGGCCGCGACGAUCGAGUCGGGGCUGAUCGACUGUGACACCGAGGUUCAGGGGCCGUCGGCGGUGAAGAUCCACUUUUUCCGGGAGGGGCGGCGGCUGGCGCUGCCCACCAAGCCGGGGUCUGUCCAGGCGGCCUGCCCCGUGCGGAUCCUCCACGGCUCGAGGGACAAAGUGGUGCCCCUGGAGAGCUCGUUGCGGCUGGUCCGGCAGCUCGCGAGCGAUGACGUCACUAUGACUGUGCUGAAGGACGCGGAGCACCGGCUGCACAGGCCGAGGGAGCUGGAGGCGCUCGCGGCGGCGGUGCUGCACCUGUGGGGGCAGCUGGCGCGGCGGAGCAGCUGA